GGUGUCGGCGCUGCGGGGCGGCGGGAGCGGCGGGGCGAUGUGAGCGGGCGGCGCCAUGUCGGGCUGCGUGUGGGGCGCGGCGCCGCCGCUGCUGCUGGAGGCGCUGGGCCGGCUGUGGGAGGUGCAGGCUCCGCUGGGCAGCGGCUCCUCGGCCUCCGUGUACCGGGUGCGCUGCUGCGGGGACCCGCGGGCCCCUCCCGGCGCCGUUAAGGAGUUCGUGCCGCCCCCGGCCCGGCCCGGCCCCGCUCGCCGCCCCGUUUCCCGGCCGCCUGCAGCAGACUGCGCAGAGUACGGCUUCCGAAAGGAGCGCGCCGCGCUCGAGCAGCUCCGCGGGCACCGCAACAUCGUGACUCUGUAUGGCGUGUUCACCAACCACUACUCGGCCAACGGCCCGUCCCGCUGCCUGCUGCUGGAGCUGCUGGAUAUCAGCGUGUCCGAGUUGCUGCUGCACUCCAGCAACCAGGGCUGUUCCAUGUGGAUGAUCCAGCACUGCGCCCGCGAUGUCCUGGAAGCCCUGGCCUUCCUGCACCACAAAGGCUACGUGCACGCAGACCUCAAGCCACGCAACAUCCUGUGGAGCGCAGAGGAGGAGUGCUUUAAGCUCAUUGACUUUGGACUUAGCUUCAAAGAGGGGAAUCAGGACGUGAAAUAUAUUCAAACAGACGGGUAUCGGGCUCCAGAGGCAGAACUGCAGAACUGCCUGGCACAGGCAGGGCUCCAGAGUGAGACGGAGUGUACCUCUGCUGUGGAUCUGUGGAGUCUGGGAAUCGUUUUACUGGAAAUGUUCUCAGGAAUGAAACUGAAACAUACAGUCCAAUCUCAGGAAUGGAAGACAAACAGUUCUGCCAUCAUCGAUCGCAUUUUUGCCAGUGAAGGGGUGGUUAAUUCAGCCAUUCCAGCUUAUCACCUCAGAGACCUUAUUAAAAGCAUGCUUCAUUGUGACCAAGGCAAGCGAGCCUCUGCUGAAAAGGCUUUAUGCAGCCCAUUCUUCAGCAUUCCCUUUGCUCCUCAUAUUGAAGAUUUGGUGAUGCUCCCCACGCCUGUGCUGAGGCUGCUGAAUGUUCUAAGUGAUGCUUCUCUGCAGAGUGAAGAAGAAUAUGAAGAUAUCCUGGAAGACAUAAGGGAGGAGUGUCAGAAAUAUGGACCGGUGGUUUCCUUGCUUAUUCCAAAGGAAAAUCCUGGUAAAGGCCAAGUCUUUGUUGAAUAUGCAAAUGCUGGUGAUUCCAAAGCUGCCCAAAAAAUGCUGACUGGAAAGAUUUUUGAUGGCAAGUUUGUUGUGGCUACGUUUUACCCACUGAGUGCCUAUAAGAGAGGAUAUCUGUACCAAAACUUGCUGUAGGCCGUAGCAACAAUCAGGAGAGUUGUCUCACUCCUCUUCCUCACGUGUUUUACAGUUGAAUGUACAAAAGAGCUUCCUAGCCCUGCUUCUGAGUCAUCUGUAAAGGAGAGAUGCAAAGGACUGAAAUGGGCUUUGAAACCUUUACUGCUGCUUUGUGAUGUGCAGAGGAGGCCUGGAUGGCUUUAAGUGUGUGCUUGUGUGUGUGUUUAGUGCUUGCUUGUUUACAUUGGAUGUGUGGCUUUGCCUGCUCUGGUGGGCACUCUGGUGACUGGAAGGUGGCUGUGGGAGCCCUGCAGGCAGAACAGGUCUCAGCAAGCACUUUCAAAUGAUGGAAGUGAGACCACUGAAUGUCUUGUCCUUAGCGCCUGGUUUUGCUCUGCAGAGAGGAUUUCUUUAUUGAGCUUUCCUAUAAUACCUGUGUUCUUCUCUAGUUGGGAGGAGGAAGACCUCCCUGCCUUUAGUUGCUGUUUGUGGUGAAUCAUGAAUCAAGCAGAAGCACCACCCUCACCCUCUCAAGACUGUAUUGGGAAGACUUUGGGUUUCCACAUCCCUUAGAGCAAAAGGAAGGAAGCAAGAAAAUGGUACCUGCUGAGCCUGCAGUGCUAGCCUGUCACUGACUGCUGACCCGAGAAGAGCCGCAUGUCUCACCUGGCACAAAUGGCAUGCUGGGCUCGGAGAGCCGAGGUGUGGCUGAGCUGAACUUGCUUGUGUGUGUGGGAUAGGCAGGGACCGACUGGGUGUGGUUAAAUGUCAUCAGAGCAGUGCCAGCCUCAGUCCCAACACAACUUGUAAGCACUUUGUAGCCCGAGGUGAUGUGAAAACUGUCACAUGGAGUCAUCUUUCUAACCUGCACCCUGCUGUGCUGGCACUGACGCUCUGAGCUCUGAUGCCAAAUCAUCUGUAAUAUGCAAGUGUCUUUAGGUGAUGUUUUUGGAAAGGAGUGUGCAGUAUUCUUUGUGUGUCUGCAGGACUUCUGCCUGAGAGUCUUACAAGAAAUAACCUAUUUGUCUGUUGUUAGGUUCCACGCUUGGCUUUUCUGUGUUGUGCAUUUUGUUUUUGCAUUAACCCACCAGACUUGUCGUAGAUUAGAAGCACUGACACUUUUGGUCCUUCAUAGGUUGCACAAAGGGCCUGAGGCAAUCUGAGAUCCUGUUUGGAAAGGGCUUGGCCAGGAAUCACUCUUAACUGGCCAGAACUGAUGUCUUUCCCAGCAUCAGGGACAACAGCCGCAGGCUUCUGGAGAAAGAACCUGGGUGAGCAGCAUCACGGCUCCCCCCCAGAGCGUGUUCCCUGCUCAUGUGGCUUUAAUGCACAGGCAGAAGAUCCUCGUGUUAGCAUGGAGCAGCCAGAUGGUUACUUCCCACAGCCCAGGGGCAUGUAGACCUGUAUCUGUGUGCAGGGACAGACAGCUCGCUCCCAGCACGGAGCAGCCCUGCACAGAGGGGAGUAGCAUAUUCCAGCCUGCAGCCCUGCUACGAGGUUAGUGAUGAGGAGAACCCUCCUAUAUCACAAACCCUCCUGAAUUCUUUCCUCCAGCUGGAAUACUUGAAGGCAGCUGCCCAAACUGUCUCUGACAGUUAAUCAUACCUGAAUUAACUUGCAGUUUACUUCCUUGCAGUUUACUUCUUGCAUCUUGCUGAUGCCCGACUUGCUGGAAUCCUUCAAUAGUCCUCCUGAUUUUUUUCCCCAUGUGCAUGUGUGCAGUUUGUUGGAAGAACCAACGUCUGUAGCAUUUCACUAGUCUCUGUGCUGGCCUGGAGGCCUGGCUACUACAGCCCUUGCCAAACUUACCCAGAAAGGACCAAUCUCUUUGAAUUUUCUGUAGCCUUUGAGGUGGUAGAUUUUUCCAGGUAUAAAAAUCCCGCGGUGAGUUUUGAGGCGUGAUUUGCUGAUCAGACUGUUCGCAGAAUUAUGCUACUUUGGUGUACGUAGCUGUAAAGCAGCUUUGUGUAAUGGGGUGUGUGAUUCAUUGCUUUUAAUUCAACUGUCCUUGUAGUGAAGCAGCUUUACUGUCUGGGAGGAUUCAGAUGAUGGUUGGAUUAGGGGUUUUUUUUCCUAUGUGAAGAGCAGUGUUUAAUUUGUAUCAAGAGCUCUGAAUGUUGCUAGGUAGUAACUGACCUCAGCUCUGAGUUUUUGCUGUCUCUGGCAGCUUGGCCAUUGGUACGAACGAGCACAUUGGCCCAGAAAUUCCCAUGAUCAGUGCCCCUGUGUUAGCAGCACUGAGCUGGCUGUGUGUGCCUCAGCUGGCAGAGGCAGGGCUGAGGGAUCUGCCCAGCUAAGUGCCAGCCAUGGGAGCAUGAAAGGCUCUCACUGAUAGUGGGACCUGUGCAUCUCUCCAAUGCUGUGAGCUGCUCUGCUUUCUUUUGAGCUUAUCUCCUUGGCUUAGGAUCUUUGGUUAAGGUGAGAGCCAUGCCAGGAACUAAAUACAUCUGCAAGUUGCAAACUCCAGCCACCACAUUUUCUCACUGGAUGCUCAGUGAGACCAGGCUUGAGCACCGAGUUGAACAAAAAACCCAAAGCUUUUGUCUUUUUUUGCUUUUAUUCCUGCUGGCUGGAGUUGAAGAUGCUGAUCUCUGUUAGCGGGUCCAGUCCCUGACUUUUCCCAGCAGGGAGAUGUAGAAAUUCCUCAGAACCAGAAACAUUUUAGCAUCAUCUCUCACCAUCAGCUUGAUAGAAAAAGGCUUUAAAACUCACUCUGGUGUCUUAUUGAGCUCUAGGUGGCUUGGCUAAAGCACGUGUCCCUUAACUCUAGAUUGUACCUGAGUGUGCACAAUGGUUUGAUCUGCAGUGACUGUUUUGCUGUGGAUGGUUAUGGCUCUCCUUGGCUCACGGUACCACUUGAAGGGGUGAGGUGUUGAGGUUUUCCCCCAGGUGCUUGCGGGUUCCUUGGUCCGUGCUGCAGGUAGAGCUUCCUCCUGUGAGCUGUCUUUCUCCAGAACUACAGUGGUGGGUCUUUCCCUGGUGCUGCAGCUGUUGUCUGAGGUCUAGCGUAGGAUGGAGCUCCUGCAGAGCGUCUGGAGAGGGAAUGGUGACUGGGGGAAGGGAGAAAUCUGCUUCAGGGAGAAGGAUGAAAGGUGAAAUGUCUGGAGACAGCACAACUGUGCCUGGUGUCCCUGUGUGCGGGGCCUGUCCUGGCUCUUAAAGCUGAGGGUGAGAUGAAAUCCAGCAGCCGGUUUCUGCUGCUGUGUGUGUGUAUGUGUGUGAGCAGUUUGAGAUAGAAAGCUCUUUGCGUUUCCGGCUCUUUAUUACACACAGGGAGAUUAACUUUGGGUCACUGCCUGAGGCCGGGCCAGCUCCGAUCUUCAUUCCCAUCUCCAUCCCCACGCUCUGUAUGGUGCCAGCACAGCACAUCACACCUCAGCUCCUCCCCCCUCGCCCGCUCCAUCAGGUUCCGUGUGAGCUGUUCCCGUUGCGCUCGGUCCGUCCCGAUGAUCAAUAAAUGACGCUUGGACACUC